UAUUAAGUCCGGAGGGGAGCGCGUGAUGGUAAAGGUGGAAGGGGGAUGGACAAGGGAUCAGAGUUUCACUGAACAUGUGAGGAGCCAAGGGGCGGGUGGAGAAGGGAUUCCAGUUUUAUUUUACUCUCCCUGUUUGUUACCCACCCCACCAUACUCCCAUUCAGGCACCUUCCCCUCCCGACCGGAAUGACACGAUUGAUUUUAUUGGCCGUGCUGUGAGCAACUUCAGGUCCUGUGUCUCAAUUUAUGUCCGCUUUAAGUGCAUUGAUUUAAAAACUCGGUACCAAUAUCUUCUUUACAUCACGUGUCACGUCCCGACCGAGACGUCAUCUUGCCCCUAGCAAUAUUUUCCCUCUCUCUCUCCCUCCACCGCUCCUCUCUCUCUCUCACGCACUCACUCACUCACUCACUCACUCUCUUUCCCCCUCCCCUCUCUCUCUCUCUCUCUCUCUCUCUCUCUCUCUCUCUCUCUCUCUCUCUCUCUCUGUGUCGUAGAGAGCGGACACGGUGGAGGCGAAAUAUGUUUAAUUCCAUGGCUAACUUCUGCGCUCCGACCGCCAAAGACAGAGCGGCGGGGAUCAACGAACGAGCCGGCUGCGCGUCCUCUAACAUGUACCUCCCUAAUUGUACCUACUACCUUCCCGAGUUCGGCGCCGUGUCGCCGUUCCUUUCCCAGGCCGCGUCCCGACAGAUCACCUACCCUUACUCGACUAACAUCCCUCCGGUUCAGGCGCUGAGGGACGGGGCGUACGGUCCCGAGACGCCGUCAAAAUGGCAUCAGCGAACCAACUUCUCGUACGCCACCGAGGAACUCUUGCCGCAAGACUGCUUGGCGCCUCCUCCGCCGCCACCGCCAGUCGGUGAGAUAUUCCUCAAACAUGACAGCCCUUUCAAUCACCGCCACUCGCUCCAUCACCACCACCACCACCAGCACCGACAAAGUACGACCCAAAACAAGAACGGCGUGCUGCCUCAAGCCUUCGACCGGUUCCUUGACCCCGCGUACUGUGGGGCGGCGGCGGCGGAGAGGCCGGAGCGGACAGUGGCGUCGGUGGUCGCGGCGGAUUCCUGCCGAGAGAAGGCAGAGAAGCGGAACUUGGCAGGGGCGCUGCUGCCCGGCGCGGCUCAGCGCGGAGCGGAGAGACAGAGAGAGGGGGCAGGGGCCACGGUGGUUGGGACAGAGAAGAGCGGCAGCAAUUUCAGCGGUUCCCGCACGCGGAAAAAGAGAUGUCCCUACACAAAGUUCCAGAUCAGGGAACUGGAGAGGGAAUUCUUUUUCAACGUUUACAUUAACAAGGAGAAGCGGCUACAGUUAUCGAGGAUGCUCAAUCUAACGGACCGCCAGGUCAAGAUCUGGUUUCAAAACAGAAGGAUGAAAGAGAAGAAAUUAAACCGAGAUCGGCUUCAGUACUUUUCUGGAAACCCGCUUUUGUGAAAUUGAAAAUUAUAUUAAUAUUAUAAAUGUAUAAAUCGAAAAUUCUGUGCAUUAAAAGUCAUAGACAUUAACUCGUUUCCCCUCUCAGCUACAGAGGGACGGUAUCAAAUGUGCUUCGAUGCACAAGGAGAAAUAUUCAUCGUGGAAUUUAAAAAAACAGAAUCUUCCACUUAUUUUAAAGUUAGAUGCGCCGACUGCUGAGGGUCGCUGCAUUGGUUACCCAAUAAUUUAUUUUGCGGUUUAAAAAGGCAAGUAAGUGUACCCGCCACCCGCCCCCACCCCUUCACACACACACACACCGCACUCUUCUUUAUUCUUUGGUGGGAUGGCUUUCCGAAUUUCUAUCUUUAUUAUUGUUAAUAUAUAUGUUUCCACCGUUUCUCUGAUUCCUCGCGCGCGAGAGAGAAAUUAAAGAACCAGGGGAAAAUACAGGACAAGAGUAUGGUGUAAAUUACUUAAGCUGAGCAAUUAUUGCGACAGGCGCCGUUGAUUAAGAUUGACAGAUUACACAAUUAGUUUGGGCAUUUAACACAUCCUUUUUUGAAUGAUUUUUUGAUACGCUCUUGUAAAUCUACUUCAUUGAAUUGUGUGUGUGCGCGCUUGUGUGCGUGUGUGUGUGUGUGUGCGCGCGCGCGCGCGUGUGUGUGUGUGUGUGAGAGAGAGAGAGAACGAAUGCAUAUGCAUUCGAGGGGAUGUUUUUGUUUAAAAAAAAUUAAAAAGCUUGUUCCUUCACAACUGAUUUUAGAGGUAUUUAUCUCCAAACUCGCGCUAAAAUAAAAUUUGUCAUACACAAGCCAAAGGCAAAAAUGGUACAGAUAUUACUUGCUGUAAUCUACUGUGAAUCUUAAAUUAUCAAUGUACUUGCAAAAAUAUAUAUUAAUAACAUUAAUAAUAAUAAAAUAUUGUCACAAACAAUUUACAGCAGGGAGCCUGAACAGCAUUACUUUUAAUCUGGUUUCUGGCUUUAACCAUCGGAAGUAUAAAAGACUCCGCAGCGAGAUGCAGGAUCUGUCUAAAUGUGUAAUUACGAUGGAUUCGCUCUCUGCUCACCGAAUGAAGGCUGCCUGUCGAUUAAACGGACAGGAUAGCCAUUUUAUAACCUCUUGUUCUAGAAAAGAAACCACGCAUAAAUUUUAAAGAAAUAUAGAGCUUAUUUUCUCGCUGGUUUUAUGCAUGUUAAGUGCGUACUGCAACCCGGCGUUUUUCCGAAAUCCCCACGAUCAAAUUUCGCUCAGUUUUAAUCGUCACGUUAAGAGCACUCACAUGCGUACGCAUCGCGGAGGGAGAGAAGAUUGAGUCCUGAUACAUAAAUUUAAGGAGGAGGAUCAAUUAUCUGAGGAGGGGGCAUACCGCGUUUCUUACUGCUUUGUUAGAAUGUACACAAGUGUUUUGCGAGCGCGUGUUAUCUCUAUGCAUUGUGCGUGUGUGUGUUUAAGGGAUAAUAUUGUAUGUUGACUGUAUAUAUCAACGUAGUGUGUUGUGAAUGCAUGCGUGUAUGAGAGAGAUGGUCUAAGUGUGAGUGCAUAUGAAUUUAUCUUUGAGUGAAGUAUUUUAUGAAUACGAAUGCGAACAAGAGAGAGAAAAACUGUAAAUAUGACUUGUGAAUCUAUAUAUGAAUGAGGCACUUUUUCUGAAUGCGUGUCUGUGUGUGAAAGAGGGAAAUAUUGAAACCGUGAAUAUCUGUUUGAAUAUAUGUGGAACAUUUUUGUGAAUCUGUGUGCGCGUGUAUAUGAGAGAGGGAGCGUGUGAGAUAUUUUAAGUGUGACAGUAUGAUUAUUUUGUAAGUAAAAGGAACAUUUUUGAAUGUAAGCGGGUAUGAGACAGAAAAAAUAUUCUAAGUGUGACCGUGUGACUGUAGAGUGAAGCAUUUUUGUGAAGACAUGUGUGAGAAAACUAUGGUAAGAGUGACUGUGUGAUUAUGUAUAUGAGCGGGACAUUUUCAUAAAUACGCGUGUGUGUGUGAGAGAGAGAGGGGGGGAAAUAUAGUGAUUGUAGAGUGAAGCAUUUUUGUGAGACAGAAAUAUUUUAGGCAUGACUGCGUGUAACUGUAAAUGUAAGUUGAGCAUAGUGAAUACGGGUGAUAUAUAGAGAGAUUAUAAAUAAAACAGUGUGAAUGCGUGUGUGAGAGAAGAAUAUUGUAAAUAUAACUGAUUGCAAAUAAAGUUUUGUAAAUAUGUGUGUGUAUGAAAGAGAGUGAAAUAUUUUAAGUGAAAUCUAUUAUAAGUAGAGCAUUUUGUGAAGACGUGUUUGUGAGAGGAAGAGAGAAAUAUUUGUGACUAUGGUUGUUAAUACGCGUAGGUGUG